AUGGUUCCCCCGAGAAAACGGAUGUCAACAUCGUCGAGAGUUACCAUGACUCUUCUCAAUCAUCGCUCUCUCAAAUACGAGAGUCGCGGCUUCGCAGGGAGCGAGAACAGCGCCAGAUUUGAGGAGCUGCUCGCUGAAGCCGAGUUGGAGGCUGGGCAAGAUUCCUUGGAGACCAUGGACUUUGGAGGCGAGAUUGUUGAUGAUAGCAUAAAUGAGUUCGCUGAGGACGAGCCUGUGGGUGGUCCGCUUUUGUCUGAAUUUUUCAAGACAUGCUCUCAAGAACGGGAACCUCCUAUACGCGGGCGCAUUGAUGUGCGGACCCGAACAAAACGUCGCCAGCAUGCCAAUGCUGCUUGGAAGGAGCAGAUGCCCACCCUUGUUGAUGGCUACUUGGCAUGGAGACAUGAAGCACCAACUGAUGAAGACAAUACCAUUGCGUCUAACAUGUUUCACGUUGAUGUUGUUGGAAUUUCCGGUAAGGUUUCAUUCCUUCAAUACAUGGCCCUUACUUAUACUCAACCACAUUCAAAGGUUUUGCACAUGCCAUCACCAUCCAGCAGCGUCCUAAUGAACCAGCGAAUGCAUCCCUCCUUCGCAUGGGACUUUUGGGGUGCUCCCCACUACGGCUGA